AUGUCUGUUGGUGAUCUGAUUGAAGCAACCAACACCAUUGUCCCCAAAGAGUGGUCUCGACACACCCAAAGGGACACAUCCUGGCAGCAGGCAAACAACCCAACAUAUAUCGACGCAAUAGGGGUUCCCCGUGGGGUACCAGACGAUGUCGAAGUUGAUCAACGAAUCCGGGGUGGUAAAACCUUACCACGACAGUACACAGACUGUCAGGUCCAGCCUGCGGUGGAAAUCGGACAGUUCCGCUUCUGUAACAAGGGGUUCACUGGCUUUCCACAGGCUGAAUCGUCUUAUGUGGAUGAGUACCCACCACUGCCAGCCUACCAGUUUGAUGAGCCGGGAAAUAAGGUGUUUAUAGUGCAGGUGAAAGGUCUUCCAUGGUCGUGCUUAGCACAGGACUUUAUGGAGUUUUUUUCAGAGUGCAGAAUCCGUGAUGGGCUGAGUGGAAUCCACCUGACUGUGGACAGACUGGGGAGGCCGUCAGGACGAGCCUUCAUUGAGAUGGAGCACAGAAAGGACGUAAGCAAAGCUUUAGAGCAGCACCAUCAGUACCUCGGUUCAAGAUACGUAGAAGUAUUUGAAGUGACGAAGAGUGAUGCCGAAGCCAUUCUAAAGAAAGCCCUACAGGCGGCUGCAGAUGACAGUGCCGUGGUCCGACUUAGGGGUCUGCCCUUCACAUGUACGGAGGACGACAUCGUCCAGUUCUUUACAGGUUUGGAUAUAGUGGAGAAUGGAAUCACCUUUGUCACAGACUUCACAGGGAGGACGUCUGGAGAAGCCUUUGUCCAGUUUUCCUCUCGGCAGGAAGCAGAAAGACAGAAUGAAGCUCUCCAGAGAGAUAAAGACUUUAUAGGGAACAGGUACAUUGAAGUGCUUACCAGUGCAAGUGAUGAGAUUCACUCAAGCUGGAAGAGUAGGAAGAAUUCAGCAUCUGCACAGAAGAGUUCACAGUUGGCCAGCAGAACUCCCUCUGUCCCAAAACACAACACUGAAACUGGAUCUCUACAGAUCUCACCUGCAAUGCUUCAUUGUUUCCAUAUGAGAGGUCUCCCUUUUAAGACAUCUGCAGAAGACAUUGUGAAGUUUUUCUCCCCUCUACCUGUAUCCAGCAUCCUGAUUGAAUAUGAUGCUAAUGGGAGGCUGAAUGGAGAGGCUGAUGUUCACUUUAGCUGCCACCAGGAUGCUGUGGCUGCCAUGUCCAGAGAUAAACACUACAUAG